AAUACAAAAAUAUAUCUGGUGUCAAACAUGUAAUCUUCAAAAAACUGGCACAAGAGUAGCAAGUAGAAAUAGGAAUAUUGAUAAUUGUAUUAAGAAAUUUCUACUUAAAGCUACAGAAUAUGAAAGU